AUGACAAAAAAACAGUCGGCGCCGACUCACAAACAGCAGUCCUCGGGGCACGGUCAUGAAACCACCCACCAGGCCCAGGCCCCGUCCACGGCAUCAGCCCAGCACGGAGGCCACCUGCGCCAAACCAAGACACAAGGCCGGCAGCAACAAAACGACCAGUCUCAGAACCACCAUAACAGCCUCCACCAGCACCAGGGGCCCAACGUUGGCGAGGAGCUUGGGCUGGGCGCAGCACAAGGCGGUCCAUUCUUUAUGAAGCCACUCACCACGCAGCCAGACUAUCGAUUCAACCUCUACGUCAAAGGUCUCGCCCCUACAACAACAACUAGAAGUCUCUAUGAACUAUUCAAACCCUGUAGCGAGGCACGACGAGCGCUGACCCACCAGGGUCUCUAUAUUGCCGUGGCGCAUGAAUCAGUCUCUAUCAAGAAUAUCCCCGUUGCUUCUGAAGACCCUCCAGCCGCAGUCGAGAAGGCCGUACCCAAGUUGGACGAUAGCGAUGCAUUUCCCAGCCUCCCUAUCAAACCACGGAGGAAAAAGAAAGCCCAGAAAAAGGUUCAGCUCAACCCGCCUUCGCCACCUUCGCCGCUUCCACCUUCGCCGCUUCCACCUUCGCCGCUUCCAGCUUCGCCUCCUCAUACCCCGGACCACCGUAACCAACAAAUAGAAUCGAACGGGGCAUAUCCUCCUGAGAAGAUCAACACGCCUCGAAUGCUGACUCCCCCCUGGGAUUCUGAGCAUGCAGACAAAGUCGACACCCCUUCCAGCUGCGACUCUCAGUUUGGCCAUGCAUUCAACACCUCUUUCUUGGACUUUGAAUUCGAUACAGGAUUCAUCGGGACACAUCAGCAAAUGCUCGCCGACAGCUUUAACAUCAAUGAGUACGAACGACGCCCAUCUUUGCUGGAAAACAAGACUUAUGGGACUAUCGUUGACGUCGAUCGUUACAUGGAUAUGUGGGAUAUGAACACUGCCGCCGCGCCCCGAAUGUCUACGAACAGCGACGGAGCGCGCCAAUCUAUCCAUCCGAGUGGCGCUCAACUCUCCAGCACUGUGAUUGGCGACUUCAUGCUGGAGGACCUACCUAGUCGUGAAUCGGUGCUGUACUUCAAUGAUUUACCAGAUGGACUGUCAUAUCGGGAACUCUUUGAGACAUGCGCGUCCUAUGGACCGUUGAUUCUGACUUCGGUCGAGAUUCGCUACAUCAACGAAGAUUGCUGCGGCCAAGGAAAAGUCACGUUUGAGUCCCAUCGAGACUCCGAGGAGGCCUUAGCCGCUUUGAGCAAAUUGAACUACAACGUGCACCGCGGAGAUUUGGGCGAAAUGUACCCCAGUGAGCCCAAAAUUGACGAUCAUCUCUACAAACACUAUCUCGAGCAGCACCAAACCUAUCUGCGACUUGCAGACACAAUUGCCUUUGACUCUCCCAACCAGGCCAUGACAUCGACCAACCCGCACGGGUUCUUUGGCACCACGCCCUCUGCCAGAUCACUCACACACUUGAAUAGCAACUCAGGCGACAUGAGAUACUCGUGGAAUACGCCCAACUCCUCAGACUCGAUUUACCAUCCUCAUUCGAACGACUAUAUACGCGACGAUUCAGGCUUGGAACUCGACAUGAAUGGACUGUCCAUCAAGCCUGAGAGCAUCUAUCAACUUGGCGUGCCCCAGCAGCACUCUCUGAACUCCCCAGCUUCGUCUUCGACCACGUCGCUGCCAGCUGGCAAUGCCUGGACACAGGACCAUUCCUCUGACGACUCGUUCCAGGAGUCAGACAGUCCAAGCACUCUUUCUCCCUCUGGCGAUCCAUUGCAAUCUGCCGAGCCCGCCUCUGCUCCUGCCACCAGCCCAGCAAAGUUCAUUUCUUACUCUGACAUAGUCAAGGUCCCUCCUAAGCCUGUGGUCGUGCAGCCCCCACGUGUCGAGAAGAAUGGCGAGGUUUACUUCAAUCCUCCCAGUCAGGAUCUGAAGCGACGAGGCAACACUAGCAAGUCCUUGGACGAGAAGGAGUACCGACUCAACUUGUAUCUGAAGGAUCUUGAGCCAACGAUGGAUGAGUUCAAACUUUAUCAGAUCUGUGUCCAGUUUGGUCCUGUCAUGUCUUGCAGAACCAUUACAACCCACCACGGAGUCUGCACGGGUCUUGGAUUUGUGAUGUACAUCAGCAAUCAGAGUGUGGACCGAGCCAUCAAGGGUCUGAAAGAACUUGGGUACCAUGCCGAGGUUGCCAUUCAGUCGGCCACCAACAAGCUCCGUUGUAAAGUGAAGUCGGACACUUUGUUCCUGCAAAACAUCCCAGAUAACAUCAAGGAGGCCAAGCUUCGGGAUCAUUUCCGAUCCUAUGUUAUCAGCUCAUGCAAUAUCCUAAAGGAUCCUAAAACUGGACAGGGCAAAGGUGUCGCAUUUCUUAAGAUGAAGAACGUGAAGGUUGCCGAGAGAUUCAUUGAGGAGUACCACGGUCGCAUCCUGGGCAAGGACUGGAAGCUGCCUCUUCAAGUUUCGCCUGCGAAACAUUAA